UGCGUUCUUGGAGACAAGUAUGGCACAGUUGGACCUCCUGUCAGGAUUCCGAAAGGCGAGUUCGAAACGAUUCGAGCAGCAGUAUUCGAGCAAAGUGCCGAUUUGAAGCUUCUCGACCAGCACUACGUGUUGGACCGAAGUAGCGAAGAAGAGGAGUACCGGCUGAACACGUACUUGGAGGACGAGAAACAGCGGGCGAAACUCUCCAAAGUGGUGCAGAAAGGAGCACAAAGUGCGUUCGAUGGCAGCCAGCUGACCGUCGACCGACAGCGCCGGUUUUUCUGGUCCUCUCUGCACAAGAUUGCUGCUGUCGCAUUGGAGCGCAACUGUCGCUGUACGGUGGUACUGCGGAAGUUUGACGUUAGUGACCACAAAUUCGGACCACAUAUCUUGCCAUUUUCGGGAAAUCAAAUCGAUAUACUCGGGAUAUUGGAGCGACUCAAAACCACACCUGUCCUCUUCACCCAUCGCGUGCCGACCCGUCAUGUUCACACCCCGGCGGGAUACGCAAUAGACGAGACGCGACGCCCCAACAUCCGUGAGGGGCUUUCAUGCGGAACGUUCCAGACGGCCGUGGUAUGUGCGCAACGAAGUGGACUCAAGGCUGAAUCCUGCUUGCCGCUGCCAACACCUGGAGGAGUGUUUCUUCUGCAAGGGCCGGAGCUGUGUGGAAAAACUCAGGCGCUUUGUCGUCUCUACGACCAGGCCCCAGCAACGGUUUUCAAAAUCAUCAGAUUUAUUGACCUCACUUACUCGUCCGUUUUCGCCCAUGAAGUUUGGCGACAAAUCAACUUGGAGCUGUGCGCUUUGACUGCGAAGGAUCCUCGACCGGUCAUCAGUGCGUUCAAAUUCAAGGAACAGCUCAAGAUUUUCGAUGAGAUGUUGGCGACCCUCGACGGGAUGCUGUACCUGUUUCUGGACGAUGUGCACCUGCUCAAAUAUGGCCCUUUCAUGAGUACCAUCGAGAAACGACUGCAAAAGGCUCCUUCCACGCUCGCUGUGUUCAUGACCGCUUCAAAUGUUUCACCCAUUUCGUCCACCUACACCAUCACCCAAACGCUGAAUCUCGAUGUGCCAUCCGACGACGACAUCAUUGAGAUCCUCAAGCGGUCCGUGGUCGGCAGAAAAGUCAACAGCGCUCAGUGGUCGACAAUCAAGCAGCAGCUCACCGGGAGCAAUCGCAGCAUUCUCGUCGGUCAGGUCCUGCUCGACCAAGUGCUACAGCGGAAGAAUGGCGUCAUGAGUGGCGGCAUCCAAGGUCGACUCGAACGGAUCGAAGCCGAGCUGGGUGCGCUGUCUGUGCAGAGUUUGUGCUCGUUCAUCGUGCUGGCCCCACACGGCCUCACUCGACUCGAGCUGUUCGACCUGCUCUCCAAUAAGGUCGACCUCAUCGCCAGGCUGGGCGCUGUGGUGGCGUUUCCGUCGCUUCUCCUGGAUAGAAUAGUUGAAUCUCUUGGUAAUAUGGAUGCCCUUAAAGACAUGGCGUUGUGCCAAUUCGACUUUAUUGACAGCGCGGUUCGUACUUGCUCAAUGGUUCACCUUUUAUCGAUGUACGAGGAAUGCGCCAUGCAACGAGACAAUAACUCGCGCGUUCCAGUAUUGUGCGAGCAGGUGCUGAUUCCUGCGAUCCCGACGGUUCUGAGGGAUCGCGAGCAGCUCGCGGCUGAGGUGAUUGGAAGGUUACGGUACACCAGAGCCGAGAACAGCCACUUUCUGAACACUUUGGUGGAGCAGGCAAUGACCUGGGUGGACAACUACAACCGACAGCCGCUGCUCGUGCCGCUCUCGUGCUGGAUCGCCCCGCCUCAGAUGAAAACUUGCCGGACAUUCACCAUCAAGGUGGGGCAAUGCAGUCAGCUCACGAUCACCUGGUCGACUGAAUCGAAACGAGAAGAGCGGUUCUCAAGGGCUUUAUGUGAUAUUAGUUCUGAUUUUGUGGUCACUUCCACCCGUUGCAGGACUGGAAAGCAGGCCAGACUGUGCUGCGCGCCGACGUUCAACCACCAGCACGUCCUCAUCUCAGGGAAUCAGUCCGCUGUCGGCGUCAUCUACAUGUAUCACAUCGCCGCGCAGUCUCUGAUGACCACAUUUAAUGGCCACACCGGGAACGUGACUUCCCUGUCGUGCAGCACCAGCGGCACGUUCUUCGUCAGCACCUCCACUGACAAGUCCGUUCGGAUAUGGAGCCUCAUCAGCGGCGAAUGCAUGAAGGAUGCUCACACCGCACUCGCACAAAAUCAUCUGCUGUGUGCUGGCCAGCGACGACACAUGAUUGAUCUCGAGAGCGGCGAAGUACUGAAGUCGUUCACGGAGCACACCGGCAGCGUCGUCUCCCUUCAGCUCACUGUCAAUAAUGAAUUUCUGAUCACAGGAUCUGGUGACUUCAUCGUGCAAAUGUGGUCACUCGAGACGGGUCGCUGCAUAUCACGAAUGGGAGGCCUCAUGGCCCCAGUCAGUUGCAUUGCCAUCACUUCGAAUGACGCCUUUGUUAUCGUCGCUUGCGAGGACGAGACGCUGCGAGUUUUCUCAACAGUUGCUGCCCAGGAGCUGCACGAGCUGAUGGGACACGAAGGACGGGUGAACGCGUUGGCCUGCGCUCAGGACGACUGCCAGCUGUUCGCGGCCACGAAGUCCAUCGUCUACUGCUACGACAUCCACAAUGGCCAAAUCGUGGACGUGCUCGACUGUCAGCUUCCGUUUGCCGUCUUCAACAUCAAGAUCUCGUCGACAAUUUUGUUCCUCUUCUCGGUGUGGUCCACGAGUAGAUGUGUGGCACAUCCAGAAGCGCGUUCACGACGCCCCAGACGCCUCCGGGCACAUGGGAUUCGUGACGGCCAUCGCGCUGAGUGGGACGACAAGAUCGCCGCCUGUGGCACGUACGAAUGGCGUCCCGUGGCCGUCUGGGACCUCGACAUCUGCCAGUGUUCCACAAAGCAAGGGUAUCCCGGUGUCCUGUCUGGCAUUCUCCUUCAACCAGACGUUUCUGCUCAGUGGCAACACAAUCGGCAGCGUCAGCGUGUUCGACUGCUCCUCGGGCACCUUGCACCGAACAUUCAGUCUGCAUUCCACGGAGAUCGUGUCGAUUUGUCCGCUGGAGAACUACCGGGUGUUCAGUUGCGACAAGGAGGGCAAACUCUGUCAGUGGGAGAUUUUCGGCGACGAGGAGAGCAUGGUGAUGAACGCAGGGAUGCGCCGCCGAUUUUCGCGCCACCCAAUGGCAAACUGGUGGUUGGCCACUGUCCGAAGAAUUCCAAAGAAAUGAAAGUGGACUGUUGGAGAGGAAAGGACGCGGUAGUGAAGAACAAGCUGUCGCACAACGAGGAGAUCACCUGCUUUGCUGCGAUCGCGCUGGGGACGCUCGUUGCCACUGGCUCGAGCGACCAAUCGUGCAAGCUGUGGCAAAUCGAUUCCGGCUAUCUCACACAGGUACUUGUCGGCCACGAAGGAAGGGUGACCUGUGUGGCGCUGGCGGACGACGAACGCCUCGUCAUUUCCGGAGCUGAGGACAAAAAGGUCAUCGUUUGGAAUGUCAGCACUGGAGACAUUGCGCAUUCCCUCGUCUGUACAGCACCGCUCACGGCAGUCUCGCUGUCCUCCGACGGUUGCGUGGCCUUCUCCGCGAGCGAAGACGGCUGGUUGGAGAGUUGGUCGACUGAAAAAGGCAAUCUGCUGUCAUCGUUCAACGCUCAUCGGCCCAUUCGUCAAGUCCUCAACUCCCUCGACGCAAACAGAUUACUUGUACAACUAUCCUCAUGUGCCCAACUUCCAAUUCUGUGCCUUCACAACUCACCAGCUAGCUCACAUCCACAAACGCAACGCAGACGCAGCGCACGAUCGCACUCAAUCACCAGUUUGGGAAACGACAAUGCAGGGCCGAGCGUUGAACAGAAGACCCGAGAGGGGAGCAACCCGUCGUUGCAAGUCGGUAACGGCCAUCCCACUCCUCCCCGGAGCGCUCAACCUCGACCCACUUUCGACAAACUGGACCGCGAUCAGAGCAAAGGUUCAAUCAUUGAGAAGGAUCGCUCGACAACGCUGACCGGUGCCGCUCCCGUCGCUCAAAAAUCUCAUCUGUGUACCCUGCUUUGA